UUACAUUGCUAUAACUGAGACAACACAUAACGUAUUUUCACAGUAAAACAUGUUAGGCCUCAUACAGGAUAUCUCUCACACACACACACUCAUUUAAAUCAUCCACAACACUGUCAAAACAGGAUACAUCCUAGCCACAGGUGAUAGCCGUCAGUUCGGCCACAACAACCCGUGACUGCAAGAGCACACACACAUUACACACACUCACUGCGAGGACACCCAGAUAAGAGCGCACAACACAUUACACCCACUCAUUGCGAGGACACACAGCCUUGACUUGCCAAGACAAGAACGCACACACAUACACACACUCAUUGCGAGGACACACAGACUUGCCAAGACAGGAACGCACACACAUUGCACACACGCACCCCCACCCCUGGGGAGGGACUCCAAAGACAAAGAACUCUUCCAAACUGCCAAUGGGACGUCGACACCAGUCUGGAGAGAACUGCCAAUCAACUACCAGCAACCUACCAGAGGCCAGAUCUACCAGAAUCUACCUACGUCAUACCCAUGAAUAAAAUGACUGUACACAAUGUAUCGGGGCUCUUUUCUGAAGGUUCCCUAUGGACUAAACGAAUGAGAGUCCGUGCACGCUUUUCCAGAUAUCUCUACACUACAAAAAUAAACUGCCUUUACUAUAUCUGAUCCACCUUGUCCAGUGUUUCAACUUGUCUCCUGUAUCGAUUCAUCAACAAAUUGGUAGCAUGAGGAUGGUUUCAACCCAUGAAUUCGGUCCAUAGAGAGUUGAUGAGAAAAGAGACGAGUUGACGACAGAUUCCGGACGGACGGGUGACCUGCCUACAGGAGUCAUCGGGGAUUCAACUCACCUCAGGAAACUGAUCAAAGAGCUCGACAAUAUAAGCUCUCUCUGUUCAGGUUCGCAAGGUCCAGGAGAGAGAACUGACGGAAGACCCAGAUCCACUGAAGGUCAAGGUUGGUGACUGAGUGAGGGUAAGAGUCCACAAAAGAAAGUGGCUGGAACCCAGGUGGACUGGACCGUACGAAGUGAAGGAGGUUAGUUCACACUCAGUCCAGGUCAAAGGUAAAUCAGGCGUACCUUGGCACCACCUCACACAUUGCACUCCAGCACCAACUCCUUCCAGAACUUUGACUGAAGUCAGGGUCGAUUUGAGCGACCUAAAUUUGAUCCCAACCACAGAACAUUUAGUUCGUGAGGAUGUGGGAGCGAAUCCCAAACCCACAAACUAACCGAUCUCCCAGGGAUAAGGGUUAUCCCUGGACGAGACUGGGGAUAUCAGGUCCCAUGUUUGUUAAUUUUAUCAUAGUCACAGGAGUUUCCAUGGGAAUCCUCCUGUGGGUAAUAGAGCACCAUACAUAUCCAUCUGACACAAACACAGUGCAAACUAAUGCGUCAUCCAACUCCACUACAUCCACAAACAAACACAUAAUUCACAGGCGCAACAUUCAGGCUGUAGAGCCAGAUUGCACCGCAAAACAGGUUAGGAGCACCACCCUAUGCGUACCUAUCAAUACUACCACUACAGUCACCUUACCGUGGGGAGUUUUGGGAAGCCCAGGCGGGGGGCAUGGAACUCAUGCACUUAGUUGGUCUAGUGCAGUAUGGUUUAUGACGAAAGGGGGGUACUCUGAAUGGACGUGGAAAAAUUUGGUGGCAGAAACUGGCCCGGAUUGGUCCAAUUGGACAGGGCAUGGGGAUGCACUCCUGUGGAGGAGAAGUUUAGCUUUGACUAAAGUUACAAUUGGGUUAAAACUGGUCAUUAAACAUGGAAUAGGUGGAAUUGGGUGUAACCCUUUCCUAUUGGCACCAUGGGUGGAUAAAGAACUUUAUUGGCACCUGAAAAUAUGUUUUAAUAACAUAACUAAACCCCUUGCAGUCCUUUCAGAUCGGGAACCUGUAGGGACGGAUGACCCCAGAUGGAGCCCCGUCACCAUGACCACUGGUCCUCCCAAAAUGGAUGAUGCCAUCCUGAUGGCUACAGGGAUCUCAGGCUUUACUAAUAAUUGGCUGUUAUUGACAGAGGAAGCAGCUAAUGCUACUCAACAGAACUGUGUGGUAUGCAUGGGGGCUUGUCCAUUGCUUCGCAUUGUCCCUGCUGUAGUGGCUUUGACAUGCCUAAUCCCAUUAAUGACUAAAGAUAACCCCAGUUUUAAUUGUACUGCAUGGGAUGUUAUCUAUCCCAUAACUAGAUCUACCGCUAGGAAACCAAUGUUUUCAAACGAAGUUGCUAAGGCAAAUUUCACCUGUGUUAAUAUGACGGGGGGAGGUACAAAUGUGGGACAUGUUCCAGGGGAUUGGUGUCUUGAUACAUUUCGUGUUGCAGGGAGUUUCAGGCCAAUAUCCAGAGCAGAUGUAUGGUGGUGGUGUGGGAACACUGUCCUGUUCGAUAAAUUACCCUCUAAUGCUACUGGAAGUUGUGCCCUUGUUACUCUCCUUUUGCCUGUUUCUAUCUACCCUACAGGGGCUGCAGACCUCGUUCUUAGGGUCCAGAUGGUGAACCCAGGAUAUUUGAAUGGACGUUCCAGGCGUGCCACCACCCCAUCUAGUGGUGAUUCCACAUACAUAGAUGCCAUUGGAGUCCCAAGGGGUGUUCCUGACGAGUAUAAGUUGGUUGAUCAGGUGGCAGCUGGUUUUGAGUCCUCCAUUUGUUGGUGGUGUACUAUUAAUAAAAAUGUGGAUAGAAUCAACUACAUACAUUUUAAUGUACAGAAACUGGGUAAUUGGACCCAGCAAGGAUUUGAAGCCGUGCUUGGUCAGUUAGCUGCAACUUCUCUUAUGACAUUUCAGAAUCGUAUUGCAGUGGAUAUGCUGCUGGCGGAGAAAGGUGGAGUUUGUACUAUGUUUGGUGAACAGUGUUGUACUUUCAUUCCUAAUAACACAGCCUCUGAUGGUAGCCUGACUGUAGCUUUAGACGGACUACGGACCCUUAAUGGUAAGAUGAAAUCCCAUUCAGGUGCGGACACUUCUAUGUGGGACUCCUGGAUGGAAGUUUUUGGUAAAUAUAAAGUGCUUGUUUCUUCUAUUCUUGUAUCGAUCGCUGUUUUUGCCGCCAUUUUAGUGCUCUGUGGAUGCUGCUGCAUUCCAUGUAUUCGCACCCUAGUGACUAGAGUCAUUACUACUGCUAUUGAUCCCAGUCAGGUGGUCAGGGAUAAAGCUCAAAUGUAUCCGUUGCUCGGGAUUGAGGAACCUAUAGAUUUGGCUGAGUGCAGCUAUUUGGCUGUUGAUUAGUUGUCACGUCUCUUUGGAGACGUGAAGAGGGGGACUAUAAAUUUUACUUGCUUUUAAUUCAUAUCACGUCUCUUAGGAGACGUGAAGAGGGGGAUUUGUAAUGAAGUGCUAUUUCCUAUGCAAAUGACCAGCUUACUGGUAUUACAUUGCUAUAACUGAGACAACACAUAACAACGUAUUUUCACAGUAAAACAUGUUAGGCCUCAUACAGGAUAUCUCUCACACACACACACUCAUUUAAAUCAUCCACAACACUGUCGAAACAGGAUACAUCCUAGCCACAGGUGAUAGCCGUCAGUUCGGCCACAACAUCCCGUGACUGCAAGAGCACACACACAUUACACACACUCACUGCGAGGACACCCAGAUAAGAGCGCACAACACAUUACACCCACUCAUUGCGAGGACACACAGCCUUGACUUGCCAAGACAAGAACGCACACACAUACACACACUCAUUGCGAGGACACACAGACUUGCCAAGACAGGAACGCACACACAUUGCACACACGCACCCCCACCCCUGGGGAUGGACUCCAAAGACAAAGAACUCUUCCAAACUGCCAAUGGGACGUCAACACCAGUCUGGAGGGAACUGCCAAUCAACUACCAGCAACCUACCAGAGGCCAGAUCUACCAGAAUCUACCUACGUCAUACCCAUGAAUAAAAUGACUGUACACAAUGUAUCGGGGCUCUUUUCUGAAGGUUCCCUAUGGACUAGACGAAUGAGAGUCCGUGCACGCUUUUCCAGAUAUCUCUACACUACAAAAAUAAACUGCCUUUACUAUAUCUGAUCCACCUUGUCCAGUGUUUCAACUUGUCUCCUGUAUCGAUUCAUCAACAACAGCGAACCAAUUUCAACGUCGCCAACCCACGAGGAGUUAGCUGAGAGGCUAGCUUCCAAGAGUCCCCCACAGAGCCUACGCAAAGUGACAUACUGGCUGCCAUAAACUCACUAAGCAACAAGGUUGGCUGAUAUCUCAAAGAGUAUUGGGACUUUGGCCGAAACUGUGAAGGCAACUCAGAGAAGGAUGCAUGAGGUUGAGCAAACGAUAGUCGAUCACGAGGCCAGGCUACAGGACAUAGAGAAACAGUGCGCAACGUUCAAAAAUGACAACAAAACCCUGAAAGCCCGACUGGAAAUGCUCGAGUCGCAUUCAAGACGCCAGAACAUCCGAAUAUGUGGCAUCCAGGAGGACACUAAGAAAGGGAAACCCACUGAAUUUGUCUCAAAGCUGAUACCGGCCCUGCUGGGGAGUGAACACUUCAAAACGACCACCCGGAUCGACCGCGCACACAGAUCUCAGGCAACGAAGCCGGCCAAGGGCGGGCCACCAAGGCCAUUCAUUGUACGGCUUCACUAUCCCCAGACCAGGGAUCUCAUCCUCAAGCUGGCUAGUCAAAAGUUCCCCCUUAAUUUCAACGGAGCCAGGGUGUCUUUCUACCCAGAUCUUACCUUGGAGGUGAGGAACCAACGGAAAGAGUAUGAGUACGCAACAAAUGCAGGGCGGCCAUCAUCCGAUAUGGAUUCCUCUUCCCAGCCCGGUUUAAGGUGACAGUCAAAGGAUCAACACGUACGUUUGACAACCCAAAAGUGGCCGAUCUGUUCAUGACAAGCAAGCUCCCUGGCUGAGGAUACAGAACGGCUGUGUCAGCCGGCUAAAUGACCGGCUACAGGCCAGGACUGUGUUUGGAUUUCCGGACUAUGGCUUUUCGAUUAGAAGAUCAGAAUUUGGGACAUAUGAUUGGUGAGAUGUUGUGGCUAAUAUAGCAUUGUUUGGCACAUCAUGUUUUAGCGCCACUCACCCCCUAACGUGAGAGUUAAGUGUUAAGUGUUAUUUAAUAUUAGCUUAUAUGCGGACCAUCUAUAGACGACGAGUUAGUUCAAGCUGUAUGUCUAGACACCCUAAGGUUUGUAUGUUAGCCAAGGAGUGCUUCGUUUGGGGAAGUCACUCAGUAAAGGACCGGGAGGGGGGAUGGGGUAUGUGUUUUAUGUUCACGUUUAUUAUUAGUACAGGUGGCAUGACAAGCUCCCGCACGGCGGGACGUUUUUCUUCUGAGUUUUGUAUGACAGCAACAAUUUGCUCUAAAAUAAGAAAUAUCACAUAGUGACAGAGCACAGAGUAGACCAGGUGGAAUAAAGAUAGUCAGCUGGAACUGUAAUGGCUUGGGGCAUGUGGUGAAACGAGCUAAGGUUUUCUCUCAUCUUAAAUCACUGGGUGCUGACAUAGUGUUUCUUCAAGAAACUCAUAUUAAACGCUCCGCUCAGGCCAAGCUACGAGUCGGCUGGAUCGGUCAGAUAUACCAGUCUAACUUUGAUGCAAAAGCGAGAGGGGUAGCAAUCCUGAUAAGGAAAAACAUUCCGUUUGUUUACUCAUCCUCGAUUUCAGAUCCUAAUGGUCGGUAUAUUAUUGUGGCUGGUACACUGAAUUCGAAACCAGUAACCUUGGUCAAUUUAUAUGGACCCAACUUCGAUGAUCCAUUAUUUUUUCAAAGGGUAUUUAAGACAUACCAAAUAUCUCGGAUACAAGUGUUAUUGUUGGAGGGGACUUUAACUGUACGUUAGAUCCUCUUUUAGAUAAACAGCUGUCAAGGUCACUUCAACAAUCAAAUGCCAGUGUCUGUCUAAAUACAUUGAUGACAAACCUUAACAUUGUCGAUAUUUGGACUGACGCACCCAACAGACAGGGAUUACUCUUUCUUUUCAUCAGUUCAUAAGUCAUAUUCCAGAAUUGACUAUUUUCUGUUGGACUCCAAACUAAUUUCAGCAGCUGAGUCGGUUACCUAUCACCCUAUUCUAAUUACGGACCACUCUCCUCUGUCCAUGGUGCUGAAACUCGACAAUAUGUCGACAGGUCGGCGACCGUGGCGCUUAGACGCAUACCUGCUGAAAGAUGAGGCUUUUUGUCAGUAUUUGAAGGAGCAGAUUGCCUUUUUCCUCGGAACUAACGACACGGGGGAUGCUGACGACUCCACCCUUUGGGAAUAUCUAAAGGCUGUGAUUAGACGUUACAUUAUUUCUUAUACAUCAGAGAGGAAGAAACGCGCCAAUACUAGGCUAAGAGAAAUUGAAAGAGAGUUAGGGGAAGAGGAGAACGUUUUUAGGACGAAUUCCUCGUAUACAGUCCUUGAGAAGAUCACAAAGUUAAAAUAUGAAUACAAUACCAUCCUUUCGAAACGGGUGGGCUCUUUACUUGCUAGAACGCAACAAAGUUAUUUUGAACUGGGUGACAAACCACAAAUUAUUAGCAAGACAGCUAAGGCAUGUACAGGCAUCUAGAGCUAUUCACAAAAUAAAAGACAAGAAGGGUAAAAUAGUAACAGAUCCGCAGGAUAUUAAUAAAUGCUUUGCACAGUUUUACUCAGAGCUAUACCAAUCAAAAUGCGAUGCUACUGAUCCACAAACUAUGGAACGCUUUCUCGCUGAAUGUGAACUUCCUAAACUAGACAGGGGGCAGCUUCUGCACUCGAUGCAGGGAUAACUUUGGAGGAAAUGAACACAGCGAUAGCAUAAUUUCCAAACAGCAAGGCCCCUGGGCCCGAUGGAUAUGUAAUAGUACUACGCCAGUCUAUCUCCACUUAUGUUGCGAAUGUUUAAACAAUCCAAAGAAAAUGCCAAACUCCCGCAAACACUGUAUGAGGCUACAAUCUUGAAAAAAGAUAGAUUCCAUGGAGAUGUCGUCUUAUCGUCCCGUGUCGUUACUCCCCAUAGAAAACAAGGUGUUGACAAAGAUAUUGGCAAACCGAUUGAAAACAUAUAUUUCUGACAUCAUACACCCUGACCAGACAGGUUUUAUCCCGGGCCGACAUAUACACUACAAUUUGAGACGUCUUUUCAACGUAAUGUAUCACUAUCAUAAGGUUGAGGCAGUGGUAAUAGCUUUGGAUGCAGAGAAGGCGUUUGACCGGAUUGAGUGGAAAUAUAUGAUGUCGGUUCUGGAGCACUUCGGGUUCGGAAAGGAAUUUAUUAAUUGGAUAAGAAUUAUUUAUGCACACCCAAUGGCGUCCGUGGUAACUAAUCAAGAAAUGUUGCAGUCAUUCCGCUUGUUCAAGGGGUGCCGACAGGGGUGCCCUAUUUCGCCUGCUCUCUUCGCUAUAGCCAUGGAACCCCUUGCUAAUCGCAUUCGGGCAUGUGCCGAUAUAGCUUCUGUUAAAAUAAAGGACACACAGCACAAAAUUUCCCUAUAUGCAGACGAUGUUCUUUUGUUUUUGUCCAAACCUAAAACUUCUAUUCCACCCUUACUUAACUUGAUAAACACAUUUGGCUCCUUCUCAGGCUACAAGAUAAACUGGCAAAAAAGUGAGUUGAUGCCAAUAUCACGGCCUGUGGAUCUACCCCGUUUAGAACAGUGAUGGACAAGUUCACAAGCCUUGGCAAUGUAGUGACAAGAGACCUUGAUCAGCUAUUGAAAGCGAAUUGUGACAAGAAAAUAUAUCAGCUUAAACAAAAUAUAGAUUUUUGGAAAACUCUGCCUAUCUCCUUGGUUGGUCGUAUAAACGCUAUUAAAAUGGUUGUCCUACCCAUGUUUAUUUACCUCUUCCAAUGUCUACCCAAUUUCAUACCACAAAGCUAUUUUAAGAAACUGGAUUCAAUAGUAACUCCAUUUUUAUGGGAUAACAAGGCAGCCAGAAUUUCAAAGAAGCAUUUAUGCAAGUACAAAAUAGAGGGGGGCUUUUGCCUUCCUCACUUUAAACUGUAUUAUUGGGCUGCUAAUCUGAACAUUGUCUUUCUGGAGGGAAAGCUUACCUGCGAUGAGACAGAAGGAUAUGCAUGGCUUUUGAUUGAGCAGGCCUCCUGUCAACGUUCCUCACUCCCUGCACUUGUUAAUAGCCCAUCAUAUGUGAAAACAUCCACGUAUGACUCUAACCCAGUCAUUUGUCAUACGCUUAGGAUCUGGAAACAGAUGAGGUAUUUUCUUAACAUACCCACUGUAUACAUUGACAGCCCGAUUUUUCUGAAUCAUGCUUUCCACCCUGCAUUGGAUGAUGUGGUGUUUUCACAGUGGAGGGAGAAGGGGCUCACAACAAUCGGUAAUCUAUACAUAGAUGGUCAGUUUGCUUCAUUUCAACAAUUACAGGGAAAGUUCAACAUGCCAACAACACAUUUUUUCAGAUACCUCCAAAUCAGGAAUUUCGUAAGGACACAUAUCCCACAGUAUGGCAUGAAGCCAAAUAGUCCUACAUUAGAUAGCUUGAUCCUUGUCAAACCCCAUUCAAAAGGGUCGGUCUCUAGACUGUAUGAUGUGCUACAGGCCCACAUAGAGGUAUCCACAGACACCAUUAAAAGGGCUUGGGAACAAGAACUUGGGUCAGAAAUCUCAGAUGAGGACUGGGUAGAAGCUCUCAGGAAUAUAAACCACAGUUCAGUGAAUGCCAGACACAACCUUGUACAGUUUAAGGUGAUACACAGGUUACAUUACUCAAAAGUAAAACUGCAUAAAAUAUUCCCGGACACCUCACCACUGUGUGAGAGGUGCAAGCAGGAUGAGGGGACGUUGACCCACUUAUUCUGGACAUGUCCUAAAUUACAUGUUUACUGGGCUCUCAUUUUUGAUUAUUUAUCUAGAGCCUUUGAUAGAGUUCUAGCCCCAGACCCAUUGACCGCUCUGUUUGGUACAGUUGAUGGUUAUAACCACGAAGGGAAAGCUGUCUCUCUUUGUACUCUAUUAGCCAAAAGGCUCAUAUUGCAAUUUUGGAAACUGGAGACUGUACCUACCUUUGAAAUGUGGUUACGGGAUUUAGGGAAUGUAAUACAUAUGGAAAAGAUUCGAUACAAUACCUCCAAUAGAAAUCCAAUGUUUUACAAAAUAUGUCAGCCGAUACUGGAUAAAUGGUCUAGUCCCGCUUCAUAACUGGGUUGAUGAUCUGCUGCUACUCUGUGCUGUACUCCACUCAAUAUUUAUUUUUGGCUUAACUACACUGCUUGUAAUGACUAUAUGCUGUCUUCAUAUACCACCUAAUAGGAUUUUGUUUUAUUUUGUGUAUGUGUGAGUUAAGUUUUGUUUUGUCCUCUAAAUUGGCCAUCCCAUCUUGAAUGGCAGCAUUCAGGUCUUGGAACACAUUUCCUCUACGAAUUCUGAUUCUGGGUAUCCUUUGCGGGGUGGGGGUAGGCCUCGGCGUUGAGAAUAACAUAGCGUCAAUUGGAAGCGCAUCAUCAAGCAAAGCACUCAUCAGCUAGAAAAGGAUAUCCCACUUGAAUUUCUUUGUCCAUUGAUAUUGAUACACCCAGUAUUUUGUCACUCAAACCUGAUAUUUCAACCAUUGGUUGUGAGGGGGUAUCAAGAGCCUCCUGUCUGUUAUAGCAGAUGCAAAUGUUUUUGUUCUUCCUGGCCAGGUGAGUGGAGGGAGUGGUAAGCUUGAAGACCGAUGGGAUUGUCCUCUGUGUCAAUUUCCUCUGAUUCCAGGCUUUCUUUGCGGCGGAUGGUCAUGUCCCCUGUGCUGAUUUCCUCCAAUUCCAGGCUUUCGUCGUCAGAUGAGAAAACAUUGGCGAUUCUGUUGUACUUGGUUCUGUUAUUCUUCUCUGUAGAGAUAGAGGCAGCUGCCUUGAGACUUUCAUCUGCCGCAUCGUUUCUUUUGUUGCUGGAAAGAUAUAGUCUAAAAAUGUUUAAAACUUUUCUGAGUUCGUAUUGUUCGACCAAUGUAGUAGAUGGGUCUAGGUCUUCCUCAGUAAAGUCUCGCAUGGUGAAUUCAAAACCAUUAACAUGCCCUAGUUAGCUUUUUCUAUUUGGAAAGAAAAGUGCCUUACCGACCUCCAACAGCUCUGCUAUUGUAACCAUCUUUGCUGCCUUUAAUUGUCUUGUCUCACCACCUUUCUUUAUCUGUGACAUGGCAGAAUGAGUUGACACCAACUUGUUCCAGCCAUACAAUUUGGAAAGUACAUUCUGUUUUCUAAUUGUUGGCGUUUCCAAAGUUUUGCUGACUUCUCAUUACUUUUCUUUCAGUGUUUACAUAUACAUUUACAUUUAAGUCAUUUAGCAGACGCUCUUAUCCUGUUUAAAAUGUUCUAUAUCCCUCUCUGCAGCAUUGGAUACACUUGAUCCCUGGAGAGUGGCCCCUUCUCUUUUGCAGUACUGACUUAAGAUCACCAAACCUGGGCACGUAUUGUGAGAGUUGGGCAUCCGUCAUGCCCUCGACAGCACUGCAGUCAAUCUGAAAACAAAGGAGGAAAAUAGUUACAGCUUUGAGCAAGUAACUUUAUUUGAUGGAUGGUUAUAGUGGAUGGAUGAAUAAAUUAAGAUGUAAUAGAUAGAGAGCUCAAUUAAAGCAAGAAUCCAUAACUGAAAGUAAUAAAAAGCUGAGGAAUGGGCCUGGAGAAAUGUAACCACUCAAAUUCAUACACAGAGCUAUGGAUGCAAGGACUGACCAUCCAUGAUAUCAAAAUUAAAACAAGCUUAUAUUUUGGGUUCUGAUAGGAUGCGAAAGUUGAACUAAGCUCAUGAGGCAUUUAUAAGUUAUAUUCUUGAAGAAUCAAUAUAUCUCUCAUUAAUCUAUAAGUCCAAAAAUGAAUGUUACAAACACAGCAAUGUGUGAGACAAACUGUGCCCCCCCCCAACUAUCCCACUGCCCACAAACGGGAGAAUGAUAUAUAUCUGGCUAGGCAGCAGCACUGGCCUUUCAGCACCACUGAGUUGAUCUGCUAUACCAGGGUUUCCAGAACUCGGUCCUGGGCCCCCCCUGAGUGCACAUGUUGUUUUUUGCCCUAGCACUUCACAGCUGAUUCAAAUAAUCAAAGCAUGAUGAGUUUAAUAUCUUCAUCAGCUGUGUAGUGCUACGGAAAAAAAAAAAAAACGUGCACCCAGGACCGAGUUUGGGAAACCUGCCUUAUACUUGUCCAAUGAGCGGAGUCACUGCGCACUCAAAGCGCUGUCCAUUCAGCAUUACUGAAUGUCGGCUGCUGGCUCAACUCCACAUGGCUAGAACUUCUUGUAGCCUACUUCCGCCAUUGUUUGGUUGAGUUUGCUUUGUUUGUCAUGCAUGUGUGGUCGGUGUGGUGCAUACAUUGGAUUUAUCGAAUGUAUGCGUCAAACUGCUUGACAGAAAUGGUAGCAGAAGGUAAAUGUUGAACUGUUGUUGCACACAUCCAGAUGAUGGCUGUCGGUGUGUUCGAAACGUCACCUUCUGCUACCAUUUCUGUCAAGCCGCAUAAAUUUGAUAAAUCCAAUUGAUGCACCGCAUCAAACGCAAUGAUGUAAGGCAAACGCUGCGUUUCAUUGGAAUUGAAUGUAAUUGUGGUGUACCAAAAUGCAAAACACUGUCGGUGUGAUCGAAGCGUUACUGCCAGCUAGCUACAUAAGCAAUUAUAAAUCGUUUACCUGUUCUAAUUGAUCUCAGACUAGGGGUGCAGACACAAUGAAUGGAAAAACACGCAUAUUCCGAGGAUUAUUAAACUUGAAGUGGAUUAAAAACCUGAGUGAAUUAAUACAAAAUAUGAGGGAACUGAUAAAAAAAUAUAUAAUUGCAAUGGAUUUUUAAAAAAUCAAGGGGAAUGGAUAAAAAAACAACAACAACAACCAAGGAACGGGUUAGUAUGGCAGUUUUUUCUCUCUCCACAAUGACUCAUAAGGGGCUCCAUACCAAUUAGAUCAGCUUUGAAAAAGAACUGAUGUGAUUGGUCAAAAGACCAAAUAGCGGAAAAAAUAUCAAAAUUGGGCUGCCUGUCUAAACAGUCACACAGAUAAAGUACGGUGAACAACAUUUAUAUGAAUAUUCGAUUUAGGCCUGAAUGUGUGGCCUUCAAAAACAAGGGGAAACUGCUCACACAACGGUAUAAUCAAUGGUAGUGUAGAAUACCAAAUGUAAACACCUGAUUUUCCUUGAUUGCAUACAUCAAACAUGUCAUUAUCCAAUGGUCAAGUUCUCUCAAUUGUGACGUAAGGGACACCAGAAAUUAGAAUUUCUAAAAAUAUUCCAUGUCAACAUGUGCGGUGGAGACCGGGGAAACGUCGGGCAAAGAGGAUAUCAGUCUCACAACAUGUCUUCACCAACUGCAGACGUCUUCCGAUGUGGCUUGCAAAUGUAUCAGCUGUCCCCAGAUUCAAAGCGGCUUGGGUCAUACACAGAGGACAGAACAUAUGAUAGUUUGGAUGGAAGUUCCACAGAGUUGACUGAUGUGUUUGAAGAAGAGGAUUGUAUUCAGGAUGAAGGCUGGAGUACCCCUGUUGCAGACCUGAAACAGAAAAUUGCAGCUCGGCUAGAAAACUAUCUUACCAAUGAGAGCCUGUCUGAAGAUGCCUUUUUACUGAAACAUGUUCAGAGGAACAAGAAGGGCUACGUCAGUGUGAAGUUACUAACUUCAUUCAAAAAGAUCAGGGAGCUCACACGUGACUGGCGAACCACUCUGGCUGCGGCUCGCACCACGCAGCAGCUGGAAGUCAACGAGGAGGGAACCAAGGUGCGACGGAGGGACCCAGUGCCCGACUGGCUACUGUGUGUCCCCACCAGCAAGCUGCUGCUGGCCUGGAACCUCCUGGGAGGAGAGGACAACGAUGAGGAGAGCGUAGCCCCGGGGGUGGAGCAGCAGAGCCUGAUGGAGACAGCCAUGAGACUAUUUGGCUGCUACGGCACCAUCACGUCCCUCCGCAUCCUGCGCCCAGGGAAGGAGAUCCCUGCCGAGCUCAAGAGGUAUGCAAAGAAACACAUGGAGCUGGGGCGUAAGGUGUGUGCCGUGGUGGAGUAUGAGUACCUGGAGGGGGCACGGCGGGCCUAUGAGGCCCUGCAGGCUGAGGAGCAGCUACAGGGGAACAGGGCUGUACGCGUGGUACUCCUAGGCAGCAGGGGCACCAGGAAGCCAAGGGGCAGCCAGGACCGCACAGAGGAAGAGUCUGAGGACGGCAUCGAGAGUGUGUGCUCGAGGAAGCCCAACCGCAAGGGCAGACGCUACCUGGGCUACUCCCUGGAGGACUCUGCCCUCUACAGCUCAUCUGAGUCUGACUUCGCCCCUGCCUCGCCCAGGCCCAACCGCAGGGUCACACGACCUCAGGCUCUGUACGGCAGCCCCCUGGCCAUCCCCCGGGUGUCCUCCUUCCGCUCAGACCCCUACAAGAACCCAGUUUGUAGCCCUGUGGGGAGCCCCCUCCUGCCCCGCAAGCUGUUCCCCAGUGGCCACACUCCGUCCCCGCUGGCCGCUCCAGAGAUCAGCAGCAGCCCUGUAUCCAGUGGCAAUGGAAGCUUUGGCAGCAGGAGCAAGUGCUCCGGGGACUAUUCCCAGGAAAGUUUGGGCUUUGUGGGGAGCCCCUGGGUCCAGCGUCGGAAGACUGCCGCCCAGACAUUUUUCCCUGACAAAGUUGGGCCCCUCUCGCCUGGCCUGCCCAAGAGGCCACUGGGCGUGGUGGAUGUGCUGCGCCAGCCGCUUGGCCCUGAUGGCACUAAAGGCUUCUACAACUGCAUUGGCAGGGGGAAGCUGGUAGUGCAGCAAUGAUAAAACCUGGCCAAAAUUACCUCUGCCCAAAGCAAGGAAUGAUUUGAUCUUAAUGUAACCACCAUAUAGUGUCCACAAUUACUUUUGAUUGUCUCAAUGUUUAUCUAAAUGAAAUGGGGGGGGGUCACGUUGGUCAAACUUAUGAAAAUGUUAUUUUGUAUUGAUUAAUAAAGAUUACGAUGUACUUUCAA